UGGCCCGGUCCAAUAAGGGUUUUUGAGGGGGGUUUCCAAUUACAUCGUCACUUCCAUCAGUGUUGCUUACACAUUAGGUUUUUCCUUGCAUUCCCAGAUUAUAUUCACCCUAAAUUACUCAGUUCAUCAAUUAAGAUGAUGCGAUUAACAGAAAUCGCAAAAUCCAAACCCUUAACCUCAACCCUAGCUCACCAAUUCACACAAAAAUGCUUCGUUAGUCGAACAGCAAAAGGAAAAGGCAAAGCAGGACAGAUACUGAAAAGAUCAAAAGUAACAACAAAGAAAGGCGCAGAAGUUGCUAAAAAAGAACCAAUAAGAAGAAAAUCCGAAUUCGAUGAAAUGGUUGAAGAUUGUUUAUCUUCAACUUCACCAGUUAGAUCAUUAAAGCCCAAAGAAAAAGCCCGUGAAGAAGAAAGAGAGAAAAUGGGUUUAAUUAGCAAAGCAAAAGAUGAAGAGAAGAAAAAAAUGAACAAAAUGAAGAAAGAAUUUGCUAAACCAUGGCCAAUUGGGCCACCUGGUUUGGAUUUAAUUUCACUUGGGCUUGUUGAUAUCGAAAAGGUUCCGAAAUAUGAGUUGACUGUUGAAGAUGGAAGGAAGCUUGCGAAAGAGUAUAGUAGAGUUUUAAUGAGGAAGCAUAGGCAAAGACAGGCUGCUGAGACUACAUUGUUGAGGUUAAAGAAAGAGGCGAUUGAGGCGUUGCCGGAUAAUUUGAAAGAAGCUGCAUUGGUGCCUGAUUUGACACCGUUUCCUGUGAAUCGAUUUAUGGCUACUUUGACACCGCCGAUUGAAGGUUAUCUUGAGAAAGUUAUGGAGGCAGCUAAGAAGAGUUCUGCAAAGGAGAAACUUAGAUAAUUGGAGGGGUAAGUUGGAAUUUAUGGAGAUUUCAAGGUUUGCUGGUGGUCUUGUGGCAUUAUGAAUCCAUUAGUUAGCAGCAAGAGGGCACUGGAAAACAAGAAGUUGAAUAAGCCUUGUAAACGCAUAGACAAAAGCCUUGCAACAAUUCACUAUUUUAUUUGGUUAAACUAGCGUUUUUUUGCUUUUGUGGUACGCCGUUUGUCUUGCUACACCACAAUAUGCUUGAAUCCGUUGCUCUAGGUUUGCAUUAGUUAGUAUAUCUCUUGAUCAGGUUGCGUUACUUGUGAAAAACUAGAGUUAUAGCUUCUUCCUUUUCAAUCUGGUUAGGCUGCAAUCAAUUUGUACGAGAUUACUUAGCUAAAAAGCUCGUUUCUUUCUUUUUUGAAUAUUAAGUUUUCCUACUUUAAGAGUAAGGAAUUAGUUCUAUUAUUAAGAUUCUGAGUGUUAUACAUAAUGUUGAGUAGCUGAAGAAUAAAAUGUUGAUGUU